UUUGUCUAGUAAUAUUAAAACUUUCCACUAGUCCAUCAUUUCAAAGCUUUUUUUUUUUGUUGAAGAAAUGGGAGUAACAAUACAUGCGAAAUCGGACUCAGAGGUUACUAGUAUUGACGCAUGUUCGCCAAGAAGAGCACUGUAUUAUGUUCAGAGUCCAUCACACUCUCAGCAACAUGAUGUUGAGAAAAUGUCAUAUGGAUCUAGCCCAUUUGGGUCACCAACUCAUCACUACCACUGCUCUCCCAUUCACCAUUCACGUGAAUCCUCUACUUCUAGAUUCUCUUCUUCUUUGAAAAAUAAUCAACUAGCUGUCUGGAAGAGAAUACCCGGAACUAAUCAUGACGAGGAUAAUGAGGCUGAGGCUGAAAACGGUGAAGAUAUAGACUAUGAUAAUCAUAGCAGAUCUGUCAAGUUCUAUGUGGUCUGCUUUCUCUUUUCUUUUAUUGUGUUGUUCACCAUCUUCUCUCUCAUACUUUGGGCUGCUAGUCUACCUUACAAACCCAAAGUCUUUGUUAAGGGUAUGGUUAUUGAAAAUUUAAAUGUACAAGCAGGAAUAGAUGGUACUGGGGUACAAACGGAUAUGUUGAAUCUAAAUUCAACAGUGAGGAUAUAUUAUCGGAACCCAGCGAGUUUUUAUGGAGUGCAUGUCUCAGCUACACUACUUGAACUUCAUUAUUACAGGCUCAAGCUCGCCUCUGGUCAAAUGAAGAAGUUCUAUGAGGCAAGGAAGAGUAAGAGGAUUGUGGUGGUGGUUGUUCAAGGCCAUCAAAUUCCAUUGUAUGGUGCAAUAUCAGUUCUUAGUGAUGCUAAAAAACAGAUUCAGAGUGUGUCUCUACCUCUCAACUUAACAUUCCUAGUAAGAUCAACAGCGUAUAUAUUGGGAAGGCUUGUGAAGCCCAACUUCUCUAUUCAUAUCUCUUGUCAACUAACUCUUAAAGGCAAUCACCUAGGCAAACACAUCAAUUUGACCAACUCUCAUUCUUGUACUUAUUCAUGAAUUACUUCUUUUUCUAUUUUUGUCCACUAAUUCAAAUUUUUCUUUUUACAUGA